CACCACCACCGUUUAUUCCUUGUUUCCUUUCCUUUUUAGACAUUUUCACAAACACCUUAACUUCACCUUUCUAUAUUUCCUCCCCCAUCCCCAUAAAUCGAUCAUCUUCUCAUCUCCUUCCGGAUUGCAACUUCUCGUACGUCAUUCAUUCUGGUUUUAAUAAUCUGGUGUGACCGAGCGAUUGAUUUGAAACUAAAUCGAUCGCUCACGGUAUCUUCUCGGUGCGGUUUUGGCCCAAGACCUUGAUCGGAAAAAAUGGCUGAGGAACAGAAUUGGCAAGAAGCAAGCAAUCACACACCGUGUGCGAAUAACUGCGGGUUCCUUGGGAGCCCCACAACGUUCAACUUCUGUUCCAAGUGCUACGAAGAUCAUUGCCUAAAGGACCAAAAUAUGUCACAGGCCAAGCUCGCCGUCGAGAAGAGCCUUUCUCAGCAACCAGAAACAUCUUUUUCUUCCAUAUCCUCCCCAGCUACAGCACCUUCUUCCGAUCCAUUGGUAGUCGUGAAGACGGUGCCUGAAGUGGCUGUAAAAUCACAGCCGCGGAACAGGUGCGCGAAAUGCAAUCGGCGCGUGGGUCUGACGGGGUUCACCUGCCGGUGUGGAAUCACGUGCUGCGGGACCCACAGGUACCCGGAGCAGCAUGGAUGCACCUUCGAUUACAAGACCAUGGGGAGGGAAGCCAUCGCCAAGGCGAAUCCGGUGAUCAAGGCUGCAAAACUGCAGAAGAUUUGAGACGAUAUCGGCCGUUAAACUAUAACUAAUUGUAUGAUCUGGGUACAGGGUGGGGGAAUUAUUUGGGAACAGGUCCGUUUGAUUCGACUUUAUUCGGGUCGGGUCUUAUAAUAUAUGAAAGUGUUAUAUAUUUAUUUGUAUAGCGUUUCUUAUUUUCCUUUCUUUACCGAAAAUGAAGAAAAUCAAAAUUAUGUAUGUGUCUCAAUAUAUAUUGCAGUUAAAGUCGUGAACGAGUAAUGAGUAAA